GAGCAUAGAUUUCACUAGUUAAAUGCCGGAAAGUGAACACAUACUUCUACUUUUGUAUAUACCUACAUACUUUUAUAUAUAACAUUAUUUAGUCGAAAAUAGCAGAGUGUAUGACUAUAGGAAUAGCAGAUAUAAGUGCUUCAAAUUUAAAAAGGUAACAGUGAACUUUACAUUGUUUGACAUCAUUAAUGAAUACUUUGUUACAAUUCUGUAAUGUGGCAAAUAGAAAAGGAGAGAUUAUCAAUUUAGUUUAUGAAAAAAUAAUAAAAUAUAAUAGAAAUACACAGAUAGCCAGCCAUCAUUAGCCAUUUUUAUAGAAGGCUCAAAUAUUAGUCCAGAUUACUAGGACAUAACUAUGGAUUUAAUUCCAUUUUUCUAGAUUUUAAAAAAUUAACAGUUUGAGAUUGUCUGAACUCAAUCUCCUAGUGACUGUAUUGAAAGUGGAUUUCCAUAGACAUGGUAGGUAAACAUUCUCCCUUUCCUUGAUACAAGAUGAAGAAUGAUGAAAAGGAUUCCAUUUGAUACAAACUAGAUCAUUUAGAUUUAAUGUUCUAUUUCUUUUGAUGCUCAUGUCACAUUUAACUUGUCUUUUAAAAGUCUGCUUUUUGGUCCUCUCAUUUUUUGGUUACGUGAAAUUUUAAAAAAUUAUCUCUGUCUUCCCCUUACAUGGCUAGACUUGGGUUUUGUCAUUUACUACAAAUGUUCUUAUUAAAAUACAGACAAUUAGUUAUGAUUGUAGGAUGUAUCAAUGAUAAUACAAUGAGUGGUUAUUUAAUAUCUCAAUCUCUGGCAUGGUGAUAUUUUUCCAUAUUUUUAAUGUUUUAUCCUUCCCAGAGACAAUUAUUUUCAUCGGGGAAAUCUAAAUAACGUAUUUAAAAUAAUAAAAUUGAAUGUAGGUAGUUUAAGAACUAGGGCAGAGAAUUGGAGAAGAUACAUUUGGGAACCAAUGUCUUUGCAACAGUUACAAUAAGGUUGAACAUAUAGUAAUUCUUCAGAAUAAUUAGUGACAAAUAUCAUUAAAUAUACAGUGUUAAUGGGAUUAUGAUUUAAGAAAUUUUUCCAUGAUAAUAGAAAUGACAUAACAAGGGUAUAAGGAAAAGAAGUAUGCGAUGCCAUAUUUUAGCAACUUGUCUGAAAGUAAAAUUUAAACAUCUAAGAUACUCUCAACAAGACCUAAGUUUUCAGUCUUAGUGAUUGAGAUGGAAGCAAAUUAACAGCAUGAGGUGAUCAAGUAUCUCUCGCCUGAUAUGUUUUAGAAUAGGGAAACAAUAUCUCAGAGGCACUUGCUCAUGUACAAAGUGAAUGACACACUACAAGCUCAAAGUUUCCUGUAUUCUGAAGGUAUGCGAGGACAUAAACUGUCUUCAAAAUAGCCCAGGUGUAAGAAUUUCCUGUUCAAACUUUAAGUGACACAUUGACGAGAAAUCUGCUUUCUCUCCUAUGGCUUCACGCUGCAUCUUCACCAGGCAGUGUGUGAAGACCGCAGUCUGUGAAGACCGCAGAUAUUGUUUGUUUACAGGAGUAACCUGGCCUCCCCCUACAGGAUGCACCACUUUCUGGCUAACAGAAGCUGCAGAGAUGAAUAACCAAAGAGAAAAAUACUCAGAAUUGAAUCUGGUGAAGGACACAAGGAGACAGCAAAUGAAGCCUAAGGGCACUAAAAGCUCCAUUUCAGUAACUGAACAGGAAAUAACUUAUGUGGAAUUAAACCUUCAAGAUGCCUCUCGGGAUCUUCUAGGGGAUGACAAGAACGACCACUGCAAAGAUUUACCGUCACCUCCAGGGAAGCUCGUUGCUGGGAUCCUGGGAAUCAUCUGCUUUGUUUUAUUAUCCACAGUGGUAACAAUGAUAGUUGUUACCAAAUCUACUUUAAUUCUGGAGCAGAACACUUCAACCCUGAUAACAAGGAACCAGAAAGAAUAUCAUUGUGGUCAUUGCCCGAAGGAAUGGUUAACAUAUUCCAACAAUUGCUAUUACAUUAGUAUUGAAAGAAAAGCAUGGAAUGAGAGCUUGAUGGCCUGUGCUUCUAAGAACUCUAACCUGCUUUAUAUAGAUAAUGAAGAAGAAAUGAAUGUUUUGAACUCCUUGAAUGUUUUUUUGUGGAUUGGACUCUCUCACAGCACCAGUAAAAAUGCAUGGCUGUGGCCAAAUGGCUCAACUUUCUCUUCCAAACUGUUCCCAGUAUCUUCAGGGAGGGAUAAGAAUUGUGUAUUCUUGGAUUUUCCCGAAAACAAACUUUCUCCUGGAUCUUGUUUAGAAACAAAAAUAUAUGUUUGUAAGCAUCAGGCACUUUAGCUUAAUUAAAUUUGGUGUAAUGUUACUGUGACCAUCUGUAGAGAAUAUAUUUGUAGUUUCUUGAAAAGCCAUAAAAUUAUUUUCUUAGAAUUAUUUUUUGUAUUUUUUUUAGAGUAGCUUUAAUUUCAUAACAAAAUCAAGAGGAAGAUACAGAGAUUUCCCAUAUGGCCCUUGUCCCUGCACAUGCACAGCCUCCUCAACUCUCAACAUCACUCACCAGAAUGGUACAUUUGUUACCAAGGAUGAAUCCACAUCGAUGUAUCAUAAUCACCUUAAGUCCAUAGUUUGCCUGGGGCUUCACUCUUGUUGUUGUAGAAUUAUUUUAAAAUCUUUAUUUAUAUUAUUUUUUAAAUAUAUAUCCAGGUACAUAUUAUAUGUUUCUUAAACUUUUACUAUUUACUAAAAUAAUCAUAUAUAAACAUCAAAACCUAAUAUCAAGAACUGUUAUUUCUAAGUCUCAAAAAGGUGAGUAAUUCCACUCAUAUUUUCAAAUUACUCCAUUUGUCCUAGACCUUGAAGUUGUUCAAAAUGAGAAUUCAAGAGCCUGGAGUGGUAAGGUGUGUAAGUCAGAGUCAACUCAAGAGACAGAAACUAGGGGAGGCCUGAUGGAAAGAAUUAUUAACUGUUUUUAGAGGGUAGCCUAGGAAGAGGGGAUAAUAGAAAAUUACGAAGAACACCUUAGGGUUAAAGGAGAGCCCCCUAGGAAGGAAUCUACUUUGCAGCCAGGUCUACUCCCUAAGGAUGGGUUUCAGAUAUCAUUGAAGACAGAGUGGCUGCAGACAACUUCAUGGCAGACAUGUUCACUGGAUUGCCCUGGGACAGAUUGGUUCCUCAGUCAGCAGGCUGAAAUUGGUGAGGAUGGAUCUCAGGCUGUGACUGGCAACCAGAAAGACAUCCCUGCCAGUGUUAGUAGGCAGAGGGUAGAGGGUAGGAAACUAUAAAUAGGACUGGACACAAAAACUUUCUGUAGAGUGAAUACCACAGCUGCAUGCAUACAGCGUGCCACCACCUUAUAGUAGCCAAAGGAGAGAGAACAUCAUGAAACCAGGAAGAAGAGCCUUUCUCCUGCAGUGCCUGUCCAGUGCCUUUAACUACACAACUUAGCAUAAUACGAGCUGACAAGGGAGAAAAGUUUAUAGGAUCUAGCUCCAUUAUCUCAGAACAGGGUUUGAAGGAUAGAUUUGGAGGUGAGAGUAAACAAAUUGUUAAUUGGCAGUCAAAGGUAUAUGCAACAACCACAAGGCUGUUGUACAAGAGUCGUUUGGAUGUACCCCACUUCCUCAAAGAAUGGAACCAACCUGUACCUUUAGAAUUUGUUUUAGUGCAGCAUGAUCAAUGGUUACAUUUAUUUUUGGCAGAGGUUGGCAUUUUCAUUGGGUAAUAAACAGUGCCCUUUGGUAUUUUUUACAUGUCUGUUCAUUUCCUCUACUGGAUUUCAGAUAUUUUAGAAGGUGUCUUGUUUUACUAAAUUUUCUAUUUCUUCACUUCUGUCGCUCUUUAUUAUCAUGAAUAUAAAAUAUUUUGAUGGAAAAAAUAAAAUGUUAAUGAGUAAAACAGUAAAUAAGUUGAUGAAAAUCUUUGUGUGGGUCAAGCAGCUGGUUAUCGACAGAAUUUGAGAUAAACUUUAGUAAGUUGACAAAAACUCA